AUGCAUCCAUUCCGUUGCAGGCUUCGUUCCGUCCUUCUACCGAACUGUGAUGGAGAAGUUUUGCGUUGCCUUCAUAGCGAUAGAGAAGGCAAAAACAUAACUGUUCAGGAAGCGAAGUCCUCCAAACGGAUCCUUCCUCUAUGGAUUGAGGUCUGGUUGGUGAUGUCAGCCAUUAUUUGUUUUGUUGAUGUGUUGUUCACAAUGCUUCGACCUCACACUACUGAAGGAAUCCUCUCAGGAGUAUUCUUGGGAUGGAACUUGUAUGCCAGCGUGGACGUUCGCUACGCCGAUGAAACGGACAUUGUGACGUGCGGUACGGGACGAGUGAUGCUCGUUGAAAUUAUCAUGAAUCUGGUCGCCGUAGUCAUGUCUCGACGGCGAUCGCGUCACACACUUUUGACCGCAUUCACGACAAGUGCCUUCGUUUUCUGGAAAACUCUCUGGUUCCUCACUCUGUACGUCAUGCCUCCACCAGGAAAUCGAUCGUAUUUCACCGAAAGCAGUUCCUAUCUGGAUAUUUUGCUCAUAUUCUGGAUCCCAAAU